UUUGAAUUUUUCAUACAACUGCACAGAUGGCUGACAAGUGGUCUGCUAUUUUCCGUCUUCUGCUUGUUUUCGUUUCUAGCCAACAGCUUUUGUUGGGUUUUAUCCUUUUAGCUCAGUUUUGUUAGAUUUUUGAAAUGUUUGCAGAGGUGGAUGUAUUUAUCAGUAACUAUACUUUAGUUGAUCCAGAGGUUUAUCAACUUUGGAUAGAUGGAAGCUCAUCAUCCGAGGCUGUAAAAUGUCUCCAAGAGGGAGGUGUCACACUUCAAACUGGCGCUACUCUGGAAUUGGUGGCAUCUGAUGUGCUUGACCAUUACCGGACUUACAGCCUGUUGGAAAAACUUCUUCAUAAUCCUCCUAAACUUGCUGAGCAGCUGGCCUUUCAAAUUGAGCCUCAAACAAGGGGCUUUUUAAUUGAAAAGUAUUAUGAUUUUGAUGACGCUGUAAUUCGUGAGCUACUUGGUAAAAAGUUAUCAUCCCGCCAUCGAAAAGAUUUAGAUGAAGUGAGUGAGAAAACAAGGGUCCAGCUGAAGUCAUGCAGACGACAAUUCGACAAUGUUAAACGUGUUUUCAAAACUGUAGAAGAGAUGCAAGGAUCUGUUGUGAAAAAUGUAGCAAAACUAUUUCUUCUUCCUGAGCCUCUUGCAAGACGCUAUGGAGCAGUUGUCUUUCUGGCCUGUAUGAGAUUUGAAGCAGGGAAAAGAAAACUCCAGUAUCUAACAUUUUCAGAUUUUUGCCAUUGUGCCGAAGCUAUGAUGUCUUCAUGGACUUAUAAAGAUUCCCAACAGGAUUAUGAUGAUACUGAUCUGGACAGAGAAUAUCUUCUAGACAUCAGAGAAUUUAGAGUGCUUUUAGAUAAAGAGAAAGAGCACAAACACCUUGUCUGCAAUCGUCUCAAGCCACAAUUACUUGAGCGCGCUUAUCAGGAACUUGAAUCCAACUUCAGAUCAUACUCACGUGCGAUUGUGGGAAUUGCCUGUAAUCUCCAUCGCUCCAGAGACCAGAGGAACCUAUUUGUUGAUCUUGUGGAGAGAUGCAUUGAACCUUGGAGACAAGCUCAUUGGUCCUACAGUGAUCUUAAUAAUUUUCUCACAGUAUAUACAAAUAGUGCUCUUGAGUUGGAUGUCUUUCAAGACAGUGAUUUAAAAGCUGCCUGGAGUCGUUUUAUGAAUGUCAUAACAUCUUGCUUACUUCGAAUGUUUCAUACUUGAAAUACUAAGGAAGAUUUAUGUGUAUUAAACCUUAUACAAAUAAUGUUAAAACUUAAUUAGGUAAUAAAUUUUUAUUUUAACUGCUA